GGGGCUGCUGGGUGAGGCUGAGCAGUGAGAGGAGCAGGAGGAUGGCUCCACAGCAUGGGGAGAGGAAGCAGGAUGGGAAUGCAGUGGCCGAACCAGUGAUGCGAUGGUUCACCUGGGAGGAUGUUGCACAGCGCACGGGCCAGGACCCAGCACUGCAGGAGCGCUGGGUGGUGAUCGACAGGAAGGUGUAUGAUAUCAGCCACUUCUACCGGAGGCACCCUGGUGGUGCCCUUCUUAUCAGCAGCCACGCUGGGCAGGAUGUCACGGAUGCUUUUGUAGCAUUCCAUGUUGACAAGUUGCUGGUGAACAAGUACUUGAAGCCACUGCAGAUAGGAGAGCUGGCACCGGAUCAACCCAGUAUUGAGCCCACUAAAAAUAAAAUGCUGGUAAAAGACUUCCGUGAAUUGCGUGCCUCUGUUGAGAAAAUGGGACUUCUGAAGCCAAAUAAACUCUUCUUCUUCCUGCACCUUGCUCACAUCCUCCUAUUAGAUACUGCUGCUUGGCUCAUUCUCUUUUGCUGUGGGACAUCCUUCGUGCCUUUUAUUGUCUCUCUGCUGGUGCUGACCAUUUCCCAGGUCCAGGCUUCAUGGUUACAACAUGAUUUAGGACAUCUUUCGGUCUUCAGGAAGACAAAAUGGAACCACUUGCUACACAAGUUUGUGAUGUGCCAUCUGAUUGGGGCAUCAGCCAAAUGGUGGACUCUUUUGCAUUCUCGACACCAUUCCAAACCCAACUGCUUCCGGAAAGAUCCUGACAUUGACAUGCAUCCUUUCUUGUUUACUUUGGGGAAGAAAUUCUCUGUGGAGCUUGGGAUCAAAAAGAAAAAGUACAUGCCAUACAAUCACCAGCACAAAUACUUCUUCAUCACUCUUCCUCCACUCCUGUUUCCCACCUACUUCCACUGCCACACAUUUUAUAUUGCAUACACAAAGAGGUACUGGGUGGACUUGGCCUGUAUGCUGACCUUCUAUAUCAGAUUCUUUGUUACUUACGGAUCAUUAUUAGAAAUGAAGAGUCUCCUGGCAUAUUACUUUAUAUUCAGGAUGCUGGAGAGCAGUUGGUUUGUCUGGGUUUCACAGAUGAACCAUAUUCCAAUGGAUAUUUACUACGACCAGAAUUUGGACUGGGUGUCUACCCAGCUCCAGGCAACAUGUAAUGUUGAGCAGUCUCUGUUCAAUGACUGGUUUACGGGGCAUCUGAACUUUCAGAUAGAACAUCACUUAUUCCCUACAAUGCCAAGACACAACUACUGGAAGGUGGCUCCACUGGUGAAGUCCUUGUGUGCCAAACAUGGCAUCGAGUACCAAUGUAAGCCGUUGCUCACCGCCUUUGCAGACAUUGUGCACUCUUUGAAGAAUUCAGGAGAGCUCUGGCUUGAUGCCUACCUUCACAAGUAGGAAGACAAGGCUUGAUGGUAUCAUUCACAAUCUGCCUUAUCUUUGCAUCCCCAGCAAGGCUAAGAGCAGAAACAAUGAAGGACUCUAAGGAAGAAUGAAAUGGAUAAGAAUGGAAGGAUCAGAUUCCAAUAGAUAUGAAGUUAUCUGAAUUUUUCUUUUGGUCUUUCCAGGUAUUUUGAUUCAGAUAUGUUACAAGUGAAUAAGGCCAGCAGGAGCUGGAUUGCUAUGUCAGGGAGGAAUGUUUGUGUCUGAGUAGAUGCAGCCAAGAAGCAAUUUUGAGCAUGUGCUCAAGUCAGAUUAUGGACUGGUGCAACUGGACACGCUUAAGUUCAUUCCAGAGUCUCCUCUGAUCAGAUGUUUGUUGUUGUUUUUUUUUUUUUUCUUUUAGAUGCUCCUCUUGUGUAUAGUUUAAUGCUUAACAUAAUGCUUCCCUAUUUGAAGACAUUAAAAACUGCACAGGAUUUUGACCUAGUUCAAUGCCCCCAAUAUUGCACUUAAAUAAUAAUAAACUACAAAUUAUGCCUGGCGU